AUGGGACGGAUUGAUCUUUCUCAGAAGACUUUUGAUAGGACUGAGAACAGAGAUGUAGCGUCAUGGAAUACUAUGAUUUUAGGUCACGGGAUGCUUGGUGAUUUACAUAAUGCAAUUGAUAUGUUUGAAGCCAUGCGAGAGGAUGGUGUUGAACACGAUUCAGUCUCAUAUAUUGCAGUUCUAUCAGCAUGUAGUCACGGAGGACUAGUUGAUAAGGGAAAGAAAUACUUUAAUGACAUGCUUGCUCGUAACAUUGAACCAUCACAGGUGCACUAUGCUUGCAUAAUUGAUCUUCUUGGUCGUUCUGGGCUUAUGGAUGAGGCUAUUAACCUUAUUACUGGUCUACCAUUUGAACCGGAUUCCAAUGUUUGGGCUGCGCUCCUUAGAGCAUGCAGACUCCAUGGAAAUGUCGACUUGGGUUCUUGGGCGGCCGAGCAUUUAUUUAAGCUGCAGCCGCAUCAUCCUGGGUACUAUGCUCUGCUCUCAAAUAUGUACGCUGAAGCAGGCCGGUGGGGUGAAGCUGAUAGUGUCAGAGAGUUGAUGAAGUUGAGGGGAGUGAAGAAAAACCCUGGAUGUAGUUGGGUUCAAAUUCAAGACAAGGUGCAUGCUUUUAUUGUUGGACAAAGACUGGAAGGAUUGGAUCCAUGUUCAUCGCUUGAGAACAUUGGUUAA